AAUCUUAGUCGAACGAGCGACGAGUAACGAGUGUACGAACGAAUUCUAAGUGAGAAAGAAUAACGUGAUCGUAUAAAAUAAAAAUAUAUAGAGAAAGAAAGAUAAAGAAGAAGAAAAAGAAAUUAUUCCUUGUUUGACGAAGAAGAAAUACGAAGAAACAUUGAAAAAAAAAUGUCUCUGUUACCACUUAUUUUCUCCGAUUGGUGGGAGGAUUUGGAUCAACCACAUCGUCUCAUGGAUCAAAACUUUGGUUUAGGAUUGAGUCCUGAACAACUUUUGGCUAUUCCAAAUAGAAUGGAUAUUCUAAGACAAAGGGAAAGAUUUCCAUCGAGUUAUUAUCGUCCAUGGGCUGAAUUAAUUCGUCAAAAAGAUAAUGGUUCCUCGAUUGUUAACGCUGAUAAGAACAAAUUCCAAGUUGUCUUAGAUGUUCAACAAUUUCAACCGAACGAGCUCGACGUUAAGGUUGUUGAUAAAUUUGUCGUUGUUACGGCUAAACACGAAGAAAAACGUGACGAACAUGGAUGGGUCUCAAGACAAUUUACUCGUAAAUAUAUAAUUCCUGAACAAUGUGAUAUCGAUCAAGUUACAUCGAAAUUAUCUUCCGAUGGUGUCUUGACGAUUAUCGCACCAAGAAAGGAAGUACCAAAGAUUGAGAACGAGAGAACGAUUAAGAUCGAACAUACUGGAAGACCUGCGGUUCAAACUAAAUCUCAGAAACAAGAACAGCAGCAAGAGGAAACUAACGAGGAAGAAACGAAAUAAAAUGGAAAAUGUAUCUUCUUUAAAAAAAAAAAGAGAAUAAGAAAAGAAAGAGAGAGAAAAUUGAACGAAUCAAGUUUUA